AUGGGUUCUCCAGCAGUGCUGAGGGUCGCUUUGGGGCCCAAGCUUGGCCCCGAGUAUGAUCGAAACUACUGGCAGAAGGGUGCUUCAGGACACGCCUGGUGUGUUUGGAUCAGCAAGGCAGCCAAGGCAAGCUACGAAGCCGCACAAUCUGCCCAAGCCGCGCAGGCUGGCCUCCCAGCACCAGUCCAGAGUGCCCCAACUGAGCGAAGCCCAGUAGCAGCUCAGGAGACCGCUCCGAGCUUUGAACCAGCACCUCGUGUGGAAGAAGAGCAGCCGGAACUCCAGCGUGUUCCAAGCAUCGAUAUUUGCUUGAAGCUCCGGCUGCCAAAGAACUUGGAUAAACCCAACACCCGCGUUGUUGUUUGCGGUGAGGUGCCGAGCUUGGGCUCCUGGACCCCGGCUUCUGGGGCCCCAAUGCGGAAGCAUGAAGAUGUUUACAUUCUAGCUGAGAUGCCGCAUGGUGUGGGUGCAGGCACACAGUUCAAGUAUGUAAUCAUGGAGAAGGGACAGCCGAAGUGGGAAGGUCGAGCCAAUAGGCACUGGCGAGAGGCCGAGGCGCCUGUUGUUACCAACAUCUGGGACAGCACGCAGAAUGAGCGACCAAAGAAGGCUCCCGGCCACGGAAAGAAGUUGAGCACCACGUUCUCAAAGUCGUCAGAGUUUGUCAACCGGAUUGCGGAAGAAAACCGGGAACGGACUAGCUAUCGCCUGAAGCUGGAGCUUCCACGUGUUCUCAUGGAGGAGGAACAGCUUAACUCUCUAACAGAGCUGGCUUGCCUGCAAGCCUACCUGACAUGGAUUUCCAGUGGCCAGAUUACGUGCAAGGAAGAUGGAGGUCACCACAGGCCUUGUGCGGCAGCCAACUCUGCCAAGGCUGUGACAGAAGCUCUUUGGGAUUUGGCCACCCAUGGUGACGCAGAGCUUUUCAUUGCUCGUCGCAUCUUCCCAUGCUUGCCAUCUUUUUCUGAUGAGUUCACCUGUGCUGUGCCCAUGACACGAAUUCGUGAUAUCGCACACCGUAAUGACAUCCCCAAGGACAUAAAGCUGUACAUCAAGCACGAGCUGCAGAACAAGCUUCACCGCUGCGCAGACCCGGGCGACUUGGUGAAGCUGGACCAGCUGGUGGAACGAAUUGACCGUGAAGGUGGCUACUCUGAGGGCUUUGUCCGGGAGAUGCAUAUCUUCCAAGUUGAGUUGCGAGACUUCUUCAAUGCCACUGGCUUGGACGAUUCUGCCAGGAAGAUAGCCCAGGAGGACGGAAGUGUGAAGGGCGCGGUUGACAUGCUCCUGCACCUGAAGAAUUCCAAUGCGGAUCCCUUUGGACAGCUUACUGCACUCGUGGACCUGCGCAAAGCGGUGGCCCAGAGGGUGGCUGAGCAGAAUUGGUUGAGGCUGGACAUCGAGUUGGAGAAGUAUGCCUUUGUGCUUCUUAGCCAGUUAGCUGGACAGCUAGAGAAUGAGCACAGGGGAUCUCGCUCUUGGUGGGAACGCCUGCUGAAGUCCCUGACAUCGGCCCUUGCACAAACUCAGCUUACUGGCAUUUCUGAGAAGGAGUGCGCGGUAGCCAUCCACGAGACAGAGUCUGUUGCUCCAUCGAUCUCCGAUACUUCGAACCCAUUCAUUCCACAGCGGCUUGUAGCAACCAUGGACCGGACACUGCGCAUCUGUUUCAAGCUCCAGGCCUCCCUUGAGCAGGCAUAUUCUGGCGUGCCCGAGCUUGGAAGAGCCCUUAACAUUGACUCUCACGCCAUUUCUGUCUUCGUUGAGGCUGAGCUUCGGGCAUCUGUCUUAUUCCAGGUUUCAAAGCUUGCACAGCUUGCCAUGCAGCAAGCAAAGGCGUGCGCAGGCCUUCCACUCUGGACAGCCAUCUCGGCAGGUGUUUGCGUCGGCCGCUGCUUAUGCUUGCGCGCUUUGGCAGACGCCUGGAGCCAGAAUCUGCCGAAGGAAGGCACCGUGGUCUUUUGUGAGGAAGCCAGCGGUGAUGAAGAGAUUCCAAACUUGGCUCGGGGAGUGAUAGUUGCACGUGACCUGCCCGUGCUUAGCCACCUGGCUUUGCGCGCACGACAGCUCGGAGUGGUGUUUGCCUGCACGGCUGAGUCACAGCUUUUCCAGAAAGUCAAGGGAGCUACUCAACAAGGGAAGGCCGUGCGUCUGUCUGUGAGCCCCUCUGGUGAUGUGCGUGCGGAAGGGGUGAGUGACUCCGAGCUCUCUGUCAUGACUGGCGAUUCCAAGCCAGCUUCGAUCACGAAGCCUAAGCUUGGCGAGCUCAGCCUGGAGAGCAACAAGCUUUUCGAAACAGUCGAGAUCGCGGACCAGCCCAAGUUUGCUGGCAGCAAAGCAGCCUCUUCGGGGAAGCUGGAGAAACUCGCCGGGCAGCUGGGCUUCAAGGCCCCCAAGGGCCUUGCCAUACCCUUUGGCGUCAUGAAGAAGGCUGUCCAAGGAGCCGACUUUGAGUCUGCCCUCAAAGCCUUGCAGUCCAAGCUGGACAGCAAUUCCAAUUCUCUCGAGGUCGAGGCUGCAGCCUUGGCCGUGCGAGCAGCGGUUGAAAAGCUGUCAGUUCCUGCCAAUGUGCUCAAGGAGAUUGCAGCCAAGCUGCCAAAAGUAGAACGGGUUGCGGUCCGGUCCUCUGCCAACAGCGAAGACUUGGAGAAGGUGUCUGGGGCUGGUCUGCACGACUCUGUCUUGGGCGUGGAGGUUAAGGAUCAGGCCAAGCUUCAAAGCGCCGUGCUCCAGGUCUGGAGCAGCAUGUUCACAUUGCGAGCUGUACAGAGUCGACAUGCUGCAGGCAUGCCAUUGUACGAAGGCAUUGCCAUGGGCGUGCUGAUUCAACCAAUGGUCUCUUUGGCUGGCAGCGCCUUCGCCUUCAUUGCAUUCUCGAAAGAUGCAGUGGCACGAAACGACAAAGCCGUGUACAUUGAGCUGUGCAUUGGUCUUGGCGAGACACUGGCAUCAGCCAAUGAACCCGGAACUCCUUAUCGUUUGAUCGUGCAGAAGCAGCCGCCACAUGAGGUUGAGGUGGCGUCUUUGGGAAGUUUCUCGUAUGGCCUCCAAGAUAUGCCAGGUGGCCUCCAGCGUGUCCAAAUCGAUUACUCCCAGGAACGCCUUAGCAACGACCGGGAAUACCUAGUACAGAUGGCGCGUGACAUCGGCAAAGUCGCCAUCGGCAUUGAAGAAGGUUACGGUGUGCCUAUGGACAUGGAAGGCGUAGUGCUGGAGCGAGCUGUGUCGGGGCCCUUCCCAGGCCGAGUCAAUCCUGAUCAUUUCCGGGCUGGAAGAGUGGCUUUGAUUGGUAUGCGCGGCGCAGGAAAGACCACUUUGGGUCGAGAUGCUGCAAAGAUGCUCGGGUUCGAGUUCGACGACUUGGACGAGGUCAUUACUCGCUCGGCUGGUGGGAAACUUCCGCCGCAAAUAGUAGCAGAACAAGGCUGGGAAAAGUUUCGUGCCUUGGAAGCGGAGUGUUUUCAAAAAGUGGCAUUAGGCGACAAGGCCAAGAUCAUUGCAUGUGGUGGUGGCAUUAUAGAAACCACCCAGGGCAUGGAUCUAUUGUGCAAGCAUCAUCCAGUAAUGCUCAUUGAUCGUUCGAUUGAUGAUAUAGUGGCCACUUUGGAGAGCGACCCGGCUGCCCAAGUUCACCGAGCUUCUCUUGGCGAGCAUCCAAGGGACACCUAUAAGCGCCGCCUGCCGAAAUAUGUGCAGGCCGCUGACUUCCGGUUCCCUGUUGCUCGGGGUGAGGGAGACCUCAACACACUCACAGUGGCUUUCGCUCGCUUUGUCAAUGCCGCCCUUGGCCACACUGCUCCUGCUAUUGUGAGCGAUUCGUUCUUCAUCACGCUGACAGCAUCCGAUUACAACCAGGUCUCUCCAGACAUUCUUCGCUCAGCGGCUCGAGCUGCUGACACUCUGGAGUUCCGAGUUGAUCUCCUCGGGUCCCUGGAGCACAGUAACAUCGUACAUCAGGUGGCCACUGUGCGCCGAAUAGCUCCCGGAACGCCUCUGCUCUACACAGUGCGUUCCAAGGAUCAUGGCGGCAAGUUCACGGGGUCCGAAGACGAGUAUUUUGAGCUGAACAUGCUCGGGCUUCAGCUGGGCGCAGAAUUGCUUGACGUAGAGUGCACCUGGGAUGCUUCAAAGAUCGCCUCCCUUGCUGCCAGAAGGGGUCCCUCCAAGCUGGUGGGCUCCUAUCACAACUUUGACAGGAUGCUCAGUCGAGAUGAGCUGGCGCAGGUGUAUAGCAAGUGCUUGCUUGAGGGUACGGCUGCCAUAGCAAAAGUGGUGGUGAAGCCAGCAGCGCGAGAGGAUAGCUGGGUGGUCCAGGAAGUAGGGAAGGCUACUGUCCCAGAAGCCGUCUCCUUUAUCGGGCUCUGCCUUGGUGAAACUGGAAAGCUGUCAAGAGUGCUCAACCAGGUCAUGUGCCCUUCCAUGCAUCCUGGAUUGACUCCGGGCGCGCCAGGGCAGAUGUCCGUACAAGACAUUCUGACCAUUCGUAGAUCUCUGAGUCUCUUCGGAACAUCACGACAGUUUGCCGUCAUUGGACCUUGGGAAGGUUCCUGUAAAAAAGAGCAAGGCAAAGCAUCAGGCUUUUACAGGGACGUCUUCCGUGGCUACUUCAAGCUGGCUGGCUUGCCUCACGUUUGUGACAUGGACUUUGCAAGCACAGCCCAAGAGGCUUCUCGACUGUCCUCUUUGGCCUCGACUGGUGGCAUUUUCCUGUUGGAUGCGCUAUGCGGUCAGUUCUCCAAAGCUGAAGGGACGGGGAUGUGCUUCACGGAUUUGGCAAAGUCCUCAAACUUCGUGGACUGCAUUGCUCGCUCCGACUCAGAGGUGCAAGGCCACAACCUGAAGUCUCAGGCGCUUUUAGAACACCUGAGCCAGGGUCGCAAGAGGACAGCGCUUGUCCUCGGCUCCGGCCCUCUGAAAGAAGCCAUACUUGGAGGCCUGCAGGCCGCAGGCUUUGACGAGGUUAGACAUUGCGAGGCUUCGAGAUUGUCUGACCAGCAGAAGCUCAGCGAGGUGCGGAGUUGCAACACUCUGGACGUCGUGGUCUCUGCCGAGUUUGAAUGGUCUGACGACAUCCUCGGAGAAGUCUUCGCCCCAAUUUUCCAGACAUUAAAGCCCAAAGUCAUUGAUGCAUCCCCACCACUCUCAGGGGGAGUGCCAAUGUGGAUAGAGGCCGCAAGGAAAGGUGGCUGCGAAACAAUCAGCUCCCAGGAGUUCACUCUCACAGAGGUUGAGAUCUGCUUGAGGACAUGGCUGGGUGAGGCUAAGCGAGAAGCGGUCGCAAAGGCGAUGGCCACACAGAUGUCAAAGAUGGGCGCGGUCCCGAACAAGGAGCUUCUGAAAGCUGCUGGGGAAGCCUGGGCUUGA